AGGAACAAAAUCAAUGCCGCAACAGAACACUCCCCAGGUCCCAUUUUUGGUUCUUCAAUCUUAUUAAUAUCUCAUCUCAUACAUAACCCUUCUUCUGCUUCUCUCUCUUCAAUGCAACCUGCACAGGGACUUAAUAACAUUGUCUGAGCCUGAGGUUUCUUGGGAACUACGUUACUUUUUCCCUUUAAAAGUUUAAACCCCACCCAUUCUUGUAAGGCACAUCAAAAACACUAGAAACGGUCACUUUCAAGGUCAUACAAAGCAAGCUCUUUGUUUCGAUUUAAGAGUCCAAAUAUGAACGAAAAUUGGAGGAGAAGUGGACAAAUACCAGCUUUUGGAAACUGGGAAAAUGCAAACGAGUUGCCAAUAACUCAAUACUUUGAGAAUGCAAGACAAGCUGGUUUGGUUCGAUACAAUUCUUCGUCCAGUGAAACUGAUCUUUAUGCGGUUGAUCAUAAGAAACCAGUUGGAAAGGUGACAAGAAUAAGGGAUGGAAGAUAUACGAAUGCUAUGGUUAAUGACACAGAAACAAUGAGAAAACAGGUGAAAGUGUACCAUGUUACUGAACAUCCCAGGAAACAGACAAUGAACAAGAAGAAGGUAAUACAUGUAAACAAUGUGGUUCGUCCAAAACCAGUUGAUGAAGAUCUCUACAAGAUUUCUCCUGAAUGUCUUCGCACUACCAAACGGAAUAAAAUGUUGAGUUUCAUUUUCAAGUGUCUGCCUGCAGCAUGUGUUUCAUGACCAAUUAUGCUGGCCGGGCUACGUAGUGGUGGUUUUCUUGUGCCCUCAGAUGCUAGAUGAGUUUUUUUUGGUGCGAUAAGAUUGAAUGAAUUAAUAUAGUAGUAGUUAUGGCUUUCUUAAAUUUAAUUAGUUAGC